AUGGUUUUAGUAUCUCUUAAUAAGGACAUUGGUGAAGAAGUGUUAGAGGAAUGGAUCCGAGACAACAUUGAAAGGCAUCCACCAUUUAAUGGACCAUUAAACUGUAAAAUAGUCUUUAAAAAGGCAACUCAUUUUAAUUCUCCUUUUGCACAAGGGCUCCCUGUUAAUUAUAUUCGAUCUAAUUCACCCAAUGCAUCCAAUGGGUUAUCAUUAAUUGAAAGGGUUGUGCAUCUUGAGAAACGUCUUAAUGAAUUAGAUGCAAAUAAACGGAAGAAAUCCGUUUAA